AUGGUCGAACUGGAUAUGCAGAAGAAGGCAGGUGGUGGCAGUGUUAGUACUGAAAUGGACGCAUUGAACGCUACCAAUAACAAUAAUAAACCAGGAGUUCCAAACACUAAGAGAAAUGUUGCAAGUAGAAAGAAAUCUGGGAAUAAGGUACCCAAUGGAAGAGAUAACGCACAUAAUUAUCAUGGACAAGGUCGUAAGCAGAACAAUAAGCAGCACAAACUAAGAGCGCCUUAUAAGGAGACUUCUACUGAUAUAAAUGAUCAAGAUAUAGAUUUAUCUAUACAGGAGGAAAUUCUCGGUGGUAACUUCAAACUAAGAGGCAGGAGAACGCAAGUUUCGAUUAACCAUUUAUUAAACUUCCAACUGCCUGAGGUCGAAAGAGAAAGGAACAGUUCUUCCACUAAUAAGAAACCGACUAGAAGACGUGAAGAGCACGUGCACCUACAUGGUGACUCGUUUGUCAACGUAAACUAUCGUCUUUUAGUGGAUGAUCGUUUUGACUACCCAGAACAAAGCAAUGAUCCCAACAUUCCUGUGGAUCAAGAAAAGAUUCUCAGAGUCAUAGUACCAAAGGGUCAGAAUUGUUCUAUUUGCCUCAGCGAAGAACCGGUAGCUCCAAGGAUGGUUACCUGUGGUCACAUUUUUUGUCUAAGCUGUCUUUUGAACUUUUUUUCCAUCGAAGAAACCAUCAAAAAUAAAGAAACUGGAUAUACAAAGAAAAAGAAAUAUAAAGAAUGCCCUCUUUGCGGAAGUAUUAUUGGCCCUAAGAGAGUAAAACCUGUUUUGUAUGAGGAUAGAUUUGAUGUCGCCAGGCUGCACAAUAGACCUGAACCCGGUGCCACCGUAAACCUACAGUUGAUGUGCAAGCCGCACGGUUCGCUAUUACCUUUACCAGUGGAACUACACCUGGAUCCGCUAAAAUGUGGCGAUUUCCCUCCUGCAAGUUUAGGAUCGAUUAAACAUUACGCGCACAUCAUGAAAUGUGAUGUAUCGUAUUCUUUAGAGCUUUAUCAAAGGGAUAUUGAUGCUAUCCAAGAGCAAUACGAGAUUGACAAGGCCAUUUAUAAUGAUAGUGGAAAAUUCGUUAAGCGGUCUGUUGAAAACAUCAAUGACCAGAUCUCGACUUUACUAGCAGCAACUACUGAGUCAAACCCAGCUUCUAACGAUAUUAACGACGGCUUGGCAAAUUUCCAUUUCGAUGAUGAUAUUUUGAGUAAGUACGAUGAUACAUCUGCUUAUUUCUUUUAUCAGACUUUGGUGGCAUCAUCUACAAAAUACUAUUUAUCUCCAUUAGAUGUAAAAAUUCUGCUGACUAUUUUUCACCAAUAUUCCAAAUUUCCAGAGAAUAUCGAAACAACAAUUGAGAACAUACAUUACGACACAGUGGUUACUGAACAGUUGAUUCGCCGCUACAAGUACAUUGGCCAUCUUCCAAUAGGUACUGAGAUUGCUCUUGUAGAUUUAGACUGGCGUAAAAUACAGUUCAUCCCUAGAGAAAUUUAUGAACAGUUCGCUCAUGAAUUAAAACAACGUCGAAGAAAGUUCACGAUGAAAAAGCAAAAAGAAGACAAGGAAAAGAAACUGUAUGAAAAAAAACUGGAGCAAGAACAUGCUGAGUUUUACAGGAAGGAAAAUGGAAACCCGCUUAAGUUUGAAGAUUCUGUACAGAUGGCUACCAAUUACGAUUCCAUUAUGAAUUCACCAAUCCCCUUAAAUUCAUUAGGAUAUUCCGUUCUGGGGUCACAAGAAAAGGUUUCCUCUGUCCCUUCAAAGAAAAAGCCUUCCCAUACGGAAAGAACAAUUUGGGGAACGUCAAUUGCAGUGACAGAAGAUGAAAGGGCUUCAAAGGAAAACAAGGAAUUUCAAGACAUGUUACUGCAGCGGAUGAGGCAAGAAGACGUUCCGGAUGCCACAGAUUCUACCGAUUCUCCACCCACUAGUAAUGGCAGAAAGGCCAAGAAGAAAAAGGGGAAGGUCAUGCUAUUCAGCAGUAACCAUCAAGCUCUCGGCUAG